AUGAGCCAUGACAAACGCUUCGCAAGACCUCUACGGCCGCGCUCACGCAAGCAUCUCUCGAAGGCCUCAACUCUCACCGAGGCUAUGGUACUACUGGUCCAGGCGAUCGUGGCCAAGAUUUUAGAAAUCUUCAAUAUUCCCCUCUCGGACAUUGACGCUGAGUUGCCGAUGUCGCACUACGGCGUUGACCCAGUCGUCGCUGUGGAACUACACAACUGGCUGAGCAGCGACGCAAAAGCUAAAGUCACUGUUUUUGACAUCCUCCAGAGCGCGUCGCUGAACGAGUUCGGUGCUUUGGUGGUGAGCAGGAGUGAGGAUUUAACGUCAGGGAUCUGCCAGCACGGGGCUGGUAAUGCGCACUGA